GUCAACCCGAGAAAAGAGCAGAGAAACUCCUCCCGUCUUCAAAUUAUGAGCAAUCAGCAGCAGGGUGAAAUGGCCGCUGUGGGGAGCGGUGGAGGCUUCAGUCAAAAGCGAAACACGAACUCUCAAGACUCACAGCAGCCAUCUCCUCUCGCCUUGUUGGCAGCCACUUGCAGUCGAAUCGACACUCCAGGAGAGAACGAUUCACCUACAGACCAACAACAACAAAACCAGCAGCAACAGCUGGACUUAAACCAGGGUGUUUUCACCUCCAGUGCCAACGGCUGGCAGGUUAUCCCUCUCAGCGUUCAAGCAUCCUCAGGCACUAACACAGUCACCACCGACACUUUAGGGGUGAUGACAGGAGGAGACCUAGGCAAGAGCAGACAGGUGCUGUCACCAUCAGCAGCUGUUGUAAGCACUCAGGGACAGCAGCAGCAGCCACAGCAAUAUGUGGUAGCUCAGGCUCCAUCAAUGCAGGGUCAGCAGGUGCUUACCACCAUAUCAGGUAUGGUGCCCAAUAUUCAGUACCAGGUUAUUCCCCAGUUUCAGACAGUAGAUGGCCAGCCACUGCAGUUCGCACAUACUCAGCAGGAUUCUGCUGUACCUGCUGCAGCAGGACCAGGGCAACAGUUUCAGAUUGUGUCCUCUCCUAAUGGCCAGCAGAUCAUAGCCGCAACCAACAGAGCUGGUGCAGCAGGAAACAUCAUAACAAUGCCCAGUCUCCUUCAGGGAGCCAUCCCCAUACAAAAUAUAAGUUUAGGUAAUGGCGUGUUACAAAACCAGCCACAGUUUCUGGCAAAUAUGCCUGUGUCACUAAAUGGAAACAUCACUUUGUUGCCUGUCAGUACUGGAACAAGUGGCACAGGGGGGGAUGCAAAUGGGGGAGGGGAUACAGGGGGAAAUCAGCUUAUACAACAGCAUUCGCAACAGCCAGUGUCUUCCAACAGUUACAUGACAAGUGCAUCCACUGUUACCACGCAGACCUCCUCUUCUUAUGGAAUGACCCAAACGCAGAACAGCAGUGGAGCAGUGACAGGGACAUUUCAGCAGAACACAGCAUCUUCUCUGGGUGUCCCAAUACAACCAGACAACAGAGAUGGGCAGCAGCCACAGCAGAUCCUUCUGCAGCCUCAGCAUGUUAUCCAAGGUGGAACACCCCUCCAGACCAUCCAGGCUGGGACUGUCACGACCGCAGGCGGUCAGGUAUUUGCGACUCCAACGCUCAGCCAGGAAGGGCUUCAAAAUCUUCAAAUUAUGCCAAACACAGGCCCCAUCCUCCUGCGCACUGUAGGCCCUAAUGGCCAAGUGAGCUGGCAGACCAUUCAGAUCCAGAAUCCGACAGGAGCGCAGAUCACAUUGGCCCCAGUACAGCCUCUCCCCCAGCUCAGUCAGGCUCAGGGAGCUGCUGCAGCUGGAGGAGUAUCUGUCAACACAGUGCAGAUCCCAGGCAUCCAGACCAUAAAUCUGAACACGCUUGGAAGCGCCGGCCUACAGAUGCACCAGCUGCAGGGUGUUCCCAUUACCAUCGCAACAGGAGAGCAGGGGUUACAGACGGGCGGAGAAAGUUUGGAUGAUAGCACAGCCAUGGAUGAUGAGGAUAUAAGCCCACCACCUCAAGGACGACGUAACCGGAGGGAAGCCUGCACCUGCCCGUUCUGCAAGGAUGGAGAAGGACGUGACCCAACUAAAAAGAAGCAGCACAUUUGUCACAUCACUGGCUGUGGUAAGAUCUAUGGCAAGACAUCUCACCUGAGGGCCCAUCUACGCUGGCACACAGGAGAGCGACCAUUCGUCUGCAGCUGGGCAUUCUGCGGCAAACGAUUCACCCGUUCAGAUGAGCUUCAGCGCCAUAAGCGGACACACACAGGUGAGAAAAAAUUUGUUUGCCCAGAGUGUCCCAAACGCUUCAUGCGCAGCGAUCACCUCUCAAAGCACAUCAAGACCCAUUUGAACAAGAAAGCAGCAGCCGCCACCACCAGCAGUACCACCACAGUCUCGACCGACGCCACCUCCCCUGCGGCGGGAACAGAAGCCGGCACUGGGGCAGUGUCAGCCAAUGACCAGCACACCAUUGUCACCAUGGAAACCUUAUCUGCAGAGAGCAUAGCUCGAUUAGCCAGCAGUGGGAUCAACAUGAUGCAGGUGGACCUUCACCAGAUGAACGGCAACAGCUAUUAAGGACGGUGGAGGAGCAGGAAGAUGGCCUUGAUGGAUGUUGCAUUCGGACAUUUGGGGUUAAAAAGGGCACGUCUGACUGCAGAAGCAGAACCUCUCAAACACUUAAGACUGGAGAGGUGGCCACAGAUGCAACAAAACAGAUGCUAUUAAAUUUGAAAACUGAGGCAGGAAUAUGAUUUAUAUUUUGUAUUUAGAGAUACCUGUGGCAUUUAAGGGUCAGAGGGUGGAUGAGUUGGAUUAAAAUGUUAGAUUAGAGAAGUCAUCAUGAAAUCUUAUUUCCCCUGAAUGGAAAUCAAACUACACUAACAUUUGUCCCACACAAAGACCCAAUCUUACUUGAUGGGACUGCAAUAAAACACAGACCAGCACAGUUGAUGUUGAAUUGGUAGCUAGUAAUAUUCUCUCUACCAGUAAAGAGAUGACACUACUAAAUCCGACUCUCACACUUGUGUCCAAGGCUGUGAGCUUCGCUACUUGUCCCUCUUCACCUCAGGUGUUUACUGCCCUCUCAAACUGGGCUGCUGUGUCACACCCCUCAGGCUGAUUGGCCCACAUCAGCCCUUAAUGCUCAGUUCCCCCCUAAAACUGAAAAUGUAACGAUCUGGAGCAGCAAAUACAUUUCUCAGAUUUCUGUUUUGGGAGAACUAGAUGUGUUCACAAACUAGCAAUCUCAGUAUCGUAGGAAUAAUAUGCAGCGUGUUUUAGGGUGGACCGUUUAGAAGAGGGCUGGAAUACAUGAGGUCACGACCAGGUGAGAGCCAGAAGCACUAAUCAAUGUGAGGAUGUAGGUGUCACAGCACUGAAAUCCUGAGAAUAACUCUUUAACCUCUUAUGUAGGUACACACAUUCAAGCCAUCAUGCUUUGAUAUGUUUAUCAUAGCAAAAACCUUUUUGAUUUUU